GAGCUACCGGUUCCGUUGAUCUUCUCAACCGUUUUCUUGCAGCUUGCAGACCGUUACCGGCACAGAGCACUAAAUUGAUUCGAAAUUUGACAGCUCCACAAAAUUCGAGCACUUGCAUCCGCUCAUGCGCACACGUUGGGAAAAAGUUUUGCCUCGGCCGCCUGUUCGACGCUGUCGGCUGUCAAGGAAGUGCUUUUUCCGAAAGGAAAGGCACCUGUUCGUAGGCCGAUCGGGUUUGCUUCGUGGUCGUGUCCGUAUUGCGACUGAGAAUACUCAUUCCGAAACAGAGGAGAAUAACAUUCAUGCGAGAGUCACCUUGAACGCUGGUGAGAACUGUGAUGAAAAGUUUGGUGGAAAAAAAAUCCCGCACAUAACAGCACAGCGUUGGCAUGUUUGGUGAAGUUUUGAAACAUUCAGGCUAUCCACUGUUGGAGCUAUCAUUCCAGUGCAGGAUCGUUGUGAAGUUUCGAGCUUUUAUUCUCACUCUCUAAUGAUAAUUUCUCUGUUAUUUUCCUGACACACUCUCCGCUCUCGAUGUUCCCGUUUCAGCUCACGCUCUCUGUUUGGUGGGUGGAAAAAUUGCUUCCCAAAGCGACUACGACAACGAAUCGACGGCUUUGGUUCACGCAUCGAGCUGUGAUCAGUUUUCUGCGAUGCCGUGCGGUGAUCGGACGUGUCCUGUAAACGUGCGUGUUUCGCUUUUCCGCUAACGCGGUACGCCGUGUGUAUGUGUGUGGUGAAUUUUUUCAGUGUGAACUUCUACCAGACAGUGUGCGAAAGUGUUUUUAGGUAUGAUUUGAUUUGGUGAUUAAAUAUGUCAAUGCAGAAGCUUUUAAUCAUAUGGAACGGAAAAAGGUGUUUUGUAUGAUACAUAGGAAAAGAAGGAAAAUUCGGGAAGGUGUUUGAAACAUCGUCAUCAUCGAGGGCAGUGUUAAUGACAGUAAUGACUGCAGUCCCCAAAAACACUGCCUUAUGUUACGGAAAAGACAAUGAACUACAGGUAACAGGGAUGAAUUUAUUAACAGUUAACUAAAUGUGACAUAAGGGAGUAUAGCAAGGCAGCAGGGAAAAAUAGAAAAUUGUGGAAAGAAUUGUGAAAAUUGCAAGCAUGAAUGGAGGGAUGUAUUCAAGAUGUAUUCGAAUGGUUUUCUGUGAAAUCGUGUCAAGGUGAAUUUGUUAAACUACACGAAAAAUACUAAAAAAAGGACACUUUUCAAUGCAAGUGUUUACAGUGUGUUGUGAAACAAGCGUCAAUGUGGAGGAAAGGCGCAUACAAGCAAAUUUUCUCGUGCGAAACUUCUAUUGGAAAAAUGCCAACCAAUGUGCCAAACAGCAAAUCACAGCACCAGCCGCAUCAUCCAAAAGGAUUCAAGCCGAACAACACACACAAAAAAACUGAUGGUGAAUAGCAGCCAUCGAUAUAAGCACGGAACAGCCCCGGAAGCUUUAUCAUACUGACUGAAUGCAGCUGUGAAUAGGAAGUAAACACUAAUACAAACAAAAACAAGUGGCUUACAGUUACAAAAAAAAAAACAGUGAAGUGAAGCAUAACAAAAGUGUGGUGAUCGUACAGUGCUUUAUGUUCUGCAAACCUUAAAAAAUAGUGACUCGUGUUGGGAUUCGGGAGAGGGAAAAUCAUCGACCGUACCGUAGUGAGGUUAGGUAGAAACUGAACGGACGCAGUUAUUGUUUUCCACGUCGUGUCGAAUGCGGUCAGCGGAAUGCUCUGCUCCGUUUCCAUGUUGAUUACAUGAAACAUAAUGGAUAUGCUGGGACACUUACAAUGGACCUCAAUAGGCUAUUGAAGGUCUUCCCGGGCAUAGCGUUAACAUGGGUUUGCUUCCUGGUAGCAACGUACUGUGUUAAGCUGACCGAUGCGAGAAUAGGGUACUUCUGGCACAUAACAGAUUUACAUCUGGAUACGUACUACACUACCAAGGGUGAUAUCUUUCGCAGUUGCUGGCUUAACGAACAUCACUCGAACACGGCCAGCGCCAAACGACCGGGACUGUACGGAGAUUACAUGUGCGACAGCCCAUGGAGCCUGCUGGAAUCCGCCACCCAAGCCAUGAAGUCCAAGCAAGGUGAUAACGUCGAGUUCGUCCUGUGGACUGGCGACGGUCUUUCCCAUUCUGCCAAGCGAAUGCACGAAACCAAGCGAUUGGACGUGCUGCGUAACAUUACGGAGCUGAUGAGCCGAACGUUUCCGUCACAGUUUGUGUUUCCGGUGCUCGGCCAUGAGGAUGGUAGUGCCAACUUCGAGCAGCUCGGCGAUCUCUGGCGCCACUGGUUACCGCUGGAGGCAUUACAAACGUUUGAAAAAGGUGGUUACUAUACCAUCGAACAGACAAAGAGCCGGCUAAGAAUAAUAGCUUUAAACACGAACUAUAUGCGGCACGACGCCAAGUACUCGCAGUCGCAUUCGUCGGCGGUGAAGCAGCGGCCAGACGGCUCCUACCAUUACCCAGCGGGCGGUCACUACGGUGACCAUCAUAUGGGCAAACACUAUCACGCCCGGGAAGGAAGCUCUUCCGGGUAUCUGUACAGUGAUCGACGGAACGGAUAUAGUAGCAGUAGCAACCAAGCGGACAGUGGUGUCGGUGGCCACGCCAGUGCAUUAUCGGGAUCAAGCAGCCACGAGUCGGAGAAGCAGUGGGAGUGGCUGGAGGAGGUUCUAGCAAAAUCGAGUAGAAAUAAGGAAACUGUAUAUAUCGUAGGACACAUACCACCGGGCUCGGAUGAGCGCCACAUUGGCCAAACGAUCCCGUUCGGGCAUUCCAGCUUCACCGAGAAGAACAACGUGCGCUACCUGCGGCUGGUGAAGCGAUACUCAUCGAUCAUUCAGGGACAGUUCUUUGGACACCUCCAUUCGGACUCGUUUCGAGUGGUUUAUAAUGAAGUUGGCAAACCCGUCUCCUGGAUGAUGAUUGCACCAUCGAUAAGCCCACGGAGAAGCGGCGAGUCCAACAAUCCCGCCAUGCGGCUGUACAAAUUCGACACCGAUACAGGGCAGGUCUUAGACUACACGCAGUACUAUCUAGAUUUAGAGCAGGCGAACAAGCUGGAGGAAGCGGUGUGGCAGCCUGAGUACAACCUUACCACCUACUACUACGGUCUCAGCGAGGUGUCAUCGUUGGCCCUCCACAAUUUGGCCGAUCGCUUCAACAACGCGGACGAUGCGCAGUUCAUGAAGUACUACAGGGCGAAUUCUGUACGCCACGCUACCAGCACCUGCGAAGGUGUCUGCCUGCUCAACCACUACUGUGCCAUUACCAGGCUGGACUAUCGCGAGUUUCGCAGCUGCCUGGAAACGGCGGCCAAAGCGAUGGCAUCGAAAAAUGGCAGCCCCGCCGGACUGUUUGUGUCGACCUUCGCCUUCAAUCGAUUGCUCAUGACCAUUCUGCCGGUCCUGCUGAUGUUACUGCUCGUGUGGAGCAGCUUCUGGACGGUCGAAUCGGUUCCGAUUGCUGCCGGAAGUGUCUGCCUCGGUACGCUACAGCCAGCCACUUUUAUCGCUUCGUGCUGGCACACUGCCGCGGGAUGGAUGAUGGCGAUUGGUCACGCCAUCAAAAUGGCCCCAUCCGUGUGGAUCAUCUGCAAAGCUUCAUCGGUACUGUUAGUAAGUACAUUUUCCUGUUUUUUCGUAUGUUUGUCCCAACGUCAUGGUGGAACGAUAGUUUCAUGUAGAAUGAAACGUAAACUGAGAGCUUCUUCAAAACCGGAGAGGGUUGAAUGUGCGAGGAAAGAAUUUCAUUGUGAAGUAGACGAAAAUUAAGUUGUUUACCCUAUCCUCCGUUUUUGUUCAAUUUAGUGUAUUAUUUCAUAAAGCACUAAUCCUUUUUAAAAACACUUAAAGUCGAUUCAGUUCAGUGAAAAUAAAUGUGUUGGUAAGAAUACAGAUGAGUGUUACACUAUAGCAGAAGCGACAGUCUAGUAAAAAGAAAACAAAUGAAUGUGAUACAUAAUAAAACAGAAGAAAAAAACACACAUAAACAAAAAAAAAAGAUCGCGUAUUGCACUAAACGCAAGAGCCAAAUUCGAUUGUUGGCUUUGCAAUAGGUUGAACGGAAAAGAAAAAAAAACUACAAAAAGCUUAGCUAAAACGUUUGAUUGCGAUUUCAGCCCUCGAUCAAAUUUCACAUCCUCGGUGAGUUAUUUGCGAAUGCAGAAAAACCGUGCAAAACCGUGUGUGUUUGUGUGGCACGCGAUUUGUUACGCUUUCGGCUAAGAAGGGAAUUAGCGUUUGAAUAAACCAACAAAAACCGAAACCCCUUGAAAACUCUGUUUUACAUUCCACCCCGUUGUGUACAUACACCAGAGACUAAGCCAUCGCUGGCAGUGUUUUAUUUUACGAACUGAUUAUGCACUGAUUAUAAAUGUUACGCUCUACUCUCUCUACACAUACAAAUAGCAAAGAAUACAGGUCGAUAAUGGAAGAAGUGUGUGAGUUUUGUGUUGGGAAGGCAUAUGAGUUUAAGUUACUGAUACAUUUCGAUGUUUCAUUGUUUCCUGAAUGGUGAACCCGACCUAAUGCUUCUCUUCGUAAUGUAAAAAAAAAAACAAAAUGAGAAAAAGCGCUCACAAAGCACGAAGCGAUGGCACGCGUAAUAGCAAAAGAGCUAAGUAAAUCGUGUGGAUGAUAAAUGAAAGUAAUAUAUGGCCAUUAAUAGCAACAACAAAAUAUGUCUCAGAUUAAGAACAAAAAAAAACAAACGGAAGAACAAUACGGCAGAAGUUAUACGCUCGUCAAGCGACGCAUACACGUAGGUAAAGCCAAAUUUUUCUAGUGCUUUGUGAACAACACGAAGCAAACCGGGCAAAGUAACAAAACAACGCGGUUUACAUCGCAUUCGUUUCCCAUUUUCAUCCAACUUAAAUGUAAAAAAAAAAGAAGAAUACAAAUUCGCAAACAAACCACACACGAAACACUUAAAUGCUCCACAGAAUUCCUCUGCUCAUUGUCUGUUCCCGGAAGGGUGGAAAGCAUCAGGCAACAAACAACGGGAAAAACUCUAAUAAAUAUUUUAAAACAUCCCAUUAGUAAACUAGUUAAAACCCCAGCGAAAUAAUCAUACAGUGAAGAAGGAGUGAAAAAAAAAAUAAAAAGAAACAGCAAGAAAGAAAGAAAAGGACGUGAGCAGGGAACGUAACAAUAUAUAAAAGAGUGUAAGCUGUGGAACUAUGAAAGAAAACUAAAACCACAAUACAAACAAAUUCGAUUGGUAGCAUACAAAACAAAAACAACCAUGAUGAAAAAAAGAUUGGAGAAGAAUCAUACAAAUACAUACAGCAAAGGAUUCAAUGAAAUUGAUCAAAAUGAAGGACGGAUACAUUUGCAAGCUAAACAAAUUUAAAGGGAAGCUGACACACAACACAAAAACUGAAUAAAGUGUACAUGUUUUUAAAUAAAAGUGACAAAUAAACACAAAA